CACAGGCAGAAAGAAAGACCUUUUUCUUGAGAAAUUAAUUACAUGCAUGUCAAAAAUAUUUGUUAGGAUGGUGUUAUCACCCAGAUAUUAAUAUUUGAGGACACAGUGCUUUACAAAGUGUAUCCUGAAUGUCAUAGUAUACUACACUGCCAUCUUCAGCCCUCCCCCAUCCUCCCCCUUUUGCACUCCAAUAGUCUCUCUCUCUCUCUCUCUCUCUCUCUCUCUCGCUCUCUCGCUUUUUCCUUUAUUUUCUCUCCACCUCAUCAGCCUGUGUUGGACCUGCAGGCUUUCGGUGGCUAGGGCACAAGAGGCGGGAUGGAUAAAUAAAUAAGUGCAUAAAGGAGGCAUUGAGAAGGGGUCUGCCCAAACGCUUCUGAGUCUUGUGGUAGCUGGCUGCACUGCAGAAGAGAGCAGUGAAAGGAGACAGAGAGGAGAAGUGAAGGUGAGGAUAGGAGGCGGAGAGGAGACGAGUGUGCUUUGCAGCGAGAGUCAGAAAAUAAGGACAGUGUGUUAACAGAAGGGGGUGCUAAGAUUUGGGUUACACUGCGUUGCAGAGAUGCAGAAUAGGACAGCGACUACUGCUGCAGCACAGCAGUGAAUAAGAGAGAGGGACAGAGAUGAAGCACUCUCACCAUGCAGGGCGCUCUUUACGCAGGCAUGCUGGAGCCAGGACCAGGUGAGCCACAACCAGGCUGCACCACCCUCAACCUACCAGCCUACCGGCACUGCCUUCCACACUGAGAGGCCUUCAUGCCUUGGGAGUGUGCAAGACGACAGGAGUUAAGGAGGAGGGAGAAAAAGGGAGAGGGAGGAGGAACCAAAGAAGGAGGAGGCCGGGGUGCUGUAUUUUUGGGUGAGGGAGCUCCUGAAUUAAGAGCUGGUGAAAUAAAGAUGUAGUGUGAGCAGGAGGCAGAACAAGGAGCGUGCUGUGCUGCAGUGGAGAGAAGUGGAGUAGACGCCGGUUGAACACACACACACCCCCACUCACAUAUCCAGCAAGACUGCCUGGACAGAGAGAUCGGACCGUUACUGCCGCAGGGCUUGGAAGAUGCCCUCUCGCUGUGGAACAGCGGUGCGGAUCUUCAUCACCACUCUAUUUGCAGCUGUGGUGCUCUUUGCCAUCCUGCUGGCCUAUGUGACUGGCUAUCAGUUCAUCCACACUGAGCAGCAUCACCUCUCCUUUGGCUUGUAUGGCGCCAUCCUGUCACUACAUCUGCUACUGCAGAGCCUCUUUGCUUACCUGGAACACCGGCACAUGCGAGCACCUUCACGGCCACAGCACCUGCGCUGUACUGUUGCCCUGUGCAUUGCUGCUUACCAGGAGGACCCAGACUAUCUACGCAAAUGCCUGCGAAGCGUGCGCCGCAUCUCCUUUCCCAGUUUAAAAGUGGUACUUGUUGUAGAUGGCAACCGGCCUGAGGAUGCCUACAUGAUGGACAUCUUCCGGGAGGUAAUGGGGGGAACAGAGCAGGCCGGAUGCAUGGUGUGGAAGGGGAACUACCAUAGCAAUGGGGCCGGAGGCGCAGGUACGAGUUCAGUGAAUAUGGAUGAGGCUAUUCGGGUGGCCAGGAUAGUGCGCAGCUGCCGCUACUCCUGCAUCAUGCAGGAGUGGGGUGGGAAGAGGGAAGUGAUGUAUACGGCAUUCAAAGCACUGGGGAACUCUGUGGAUUAUGUGCAGGUAUGUGAUUCGGACACGGUUCUGGAUCCAGCCAGCACAAUCGAGCUAUUGAAGGUUCUGGAGGAGGACCCAAAUGUGGGUGGAGUAGGAGGAGAUGUACAGAUCCUGAACAAAUAUGACUCCUGGAUAUCUUUUCUGAGCAGUGUCAGGUACUGGAUGGCCUUCAACAUAGAGCGUGCCUGUCAGUCGUACUUUGGAUGUGUUCAGUGUAUCAGUGGGCCUCUGGGGAUGUACCGCAACUCCCUCCUCCAGCAGUUCUUGGAGCCCUGGUACCACCAGACCUUCCUGGGCAGCAAGUGUAGCUUUGGAGAUGACCGGCACCUUACCAACCGAGUCCUCAGCUUCGGCUACAAGACCAAGUUUACUGCACGCUCACAAUGCCAGACUGAGACACCUACACAAUACCUCCGCUGGCUCAACCAGCAGACUCGCUGGAGCAAGUCGUACUUCCGGGAGUGGCUCUACAAUGCUCUCUGGUUCCACAAACACAGCCUCUGGAUGACUUACGAGUCUGUGGUAACAGGAUUCUUUCCCUUUUUCCUGGUGGCUACAGUUAUCCAUUUGUUCUACCGUGGACGUCUGUGGAACAUCCUGCUGUUCCUGCUAACAGUUCAGCUGGUGGGAAUGGUGAAGGCUACCUAUGCCUGCUUUCUGAGAGGCAGCUUGGUCAUGAUUUUUAUGUCCCUUUAUUCCCUGCUGUACAUGUCUAGCCUUUUGCCAGCUAAAAUCUUUGCCUUGUUGACGAUCAAUAAAGCAGGCUGGGGCACAUCUGGGAGGAAGAAGAUUGUGGUGAACUUAAUUGGGGCUGUACCAGUAACUGUUUGGGCACUUCUUUUGCUUGGUGGAGUAGCUUACACCAUUUACUGUGAGACACAGGAACCUUUUAGUGAAACUGAGAAGGUCCUGCUCAUUAGCGGGGUUAUCCUCUAUGCCUGCUACUGGCUUAUACUUCUGGUGCUCUACUUGGCUAUAGUGGCCAAGCGUUGUAAUAAGAGGGAGGAACAGUAUCACCUGCCCUAUGCUGAGGCCUAGAAUGCCUUAACAAUAUUGCUGGAUAAACUCUAUGGGACUGGUUUGAAUCAGUCUUCUACCUCGCUGGUGCUAAGCUCAUUGUCAUACUGGUGAAUGAUGCAUAGUCAAUUCAUUUGCAAGACUAUUGAGCUUUUCCCCACCAGUUGAGAUACAUUACUGGCCUUCCAAGAAGGUACAAUUGAGCUGUGCAGUAUUUUCGCUUCUUAAAUAUAAAGCAUAGAUCAGAGGAAAUGUUCAAUCAUGGUGCUGAGCUCACACCAUCAUACAUGAAUAGAGUGGUGUGGGUGCUUAGACUCAAGUAUGAAUCACACACUGUGGUGAAAUAUGUACCGGUCCUGGGAAGAACCCCGUACUAGACACUGCAAGCUUACAGUGAAAAUGAUCUGUCCUGAUUUUCACAGAAUUCGACAUCAUUUGCCUUAGUUUGAGCAGUACUAUGCAGUACUAGUCAAGAUUCUGUUGGGGUUUGU